AUGGACGCGCCAGUCGAGAAGGAGUCGAGUGGAAGGCUCGAGUAUUCAGAUGAAGACGUUGCGGACAAUCAAGGUCCUACGGUGGAAGCCUCUGAAAGCAUAGAUGCAAAGAAGACUCUUCGCCAGAUGGACUAUCGCGUCAUCCCCAUCGUCACGGUGCUGUAUCUGCUCUCAUUCUUGGACAGAGGCAACAUCGGCAAUGCGAAGGUACAGGGUAUGGAGGAGGACCUGGAGCUCACCGGCAACAGGUACAAUCUUGCCUACACUGUCUUCUUCUUCCCCUAUGCUCUUCUCGAGCUUCCAGCCAAUCUCCUUCUCAAGAAGCUCAGCCCUUCGAUAUGGCUCCCGUCCAUCAUGGUUGCUUGGGGCCUAGUCACGACCUUGACUGGCAUCGUCCAGAACUAUCACGGGCUCAUCGCGGUACGAGUGAUGCUUGGGGUGGCAGAGUCCGGGCAGUACCCGGGCUGCGCUUACUACUUGUCGACGUGGUAUGCGCCCCAGGACCUCGGAUUUCGGCAGGGCAUGUUUUUCAGUGCUGCGGCUUUGGCGGGUUCCUUCUCCGGCUUGCUGGCCUAUGCGUUGGCGCAGAUGGAUGGUGUUGGGGGUUUGGCAGGCUGGCGGUAA